GAUUGUGUGCAGUUUCGUGUGCAACAAAGUACCGAGCCUGGCAGCUAGCGAGAAGAGAAAAGCGACCCGUUGGAGACUGUUUAUCUUUCUGCAUUUUCAAGCUGUCUUCUGAAAUCUCUAAGCACUCAGCGGUGAAUUGGAAGUUGAAUACCAACGUGAUUCAACCUUCGGGCGGUGUUAGGGGGCUUUGUGGAAGAGUAAGGUGCUUUAUUGAAUUGAAAGUCAGACGUAACGCUAGCGAGCUGGCGUAGGAAAGAUAGAACCAGAGCUACGUAGCGAGUCGGUCAGCUAGGGAGAGCCGGGAGGACCACGGCACAGCCGCUGCCAGCGCCGCGGGGAGUCGGGGCCCGAGAGGGAGCCUGCCAGGCCCUCGGCUUAAUGCACCCUGCCUGCCUCGCCUUAGCCGCAGUCCGAGAUGGGGGAGACCAAAAUUAUCUACCACCUCGACGACCAGGAGACGCCGUAUCUGGUGAAACUGUCGGUGCCGGCGGACAAAGUCACUCUGGGAGACUUCAAAAAUGUCCUGAAGAAACCAAAUUACAAAUUCUUUUUCAAAUCCAUGGACGAUGACUUCGGGGUGGUUAAGGAGGAAAUUUCUGAUGACAACGCUAAGCUGCCCUGUUUCAAUGGCCGUGUGGUAUCAUGGUUGGUCUCUGGUGACGGGGCCCACACAGAUGCAGGCUCGGUGGCAGAUAGUUUAGAAGCAGCACCCCCACUGGAGCGAACAGGGGGCAUCGGAGACUCAAGACCACCUUCCUACCAUGGGAAAGCAGCAAGUGGACGGGACAGUUUGGACAAUGACACAGAGACGGGCUCCAUGGUGUCGCAAAGGAGAGAGAGGGAGAGGCCGCGGAGGAAACACUCCAACGAUCACGGUGGAAGGCAGAAUGGGUACACGUCACGGGGCCUGGGACGUGGAGGACCCGAAUACGACAGCUGUUCAUCCUUUAUGAGCAGCGAGCUGGAGUCCACUUCCUGCUUUGAUUCAGAGGAUGACGAUGCAACCAGCAGGUUUAGCAGCUCAACUGAACAGAGCUCCUCCCGGCUAAUGAGACGACACCGCCGCCGCAGACGGAAACCCAAAGCCUCUAACAUGGACAGGUCCUCAUCAUUCAGCAGCAUCACAGACUCCACCAUGUCUCUGAACAUCAUCACUGUCACACUCAACAUGGAGAAGUACAACUUCUUGGGCAUCAGCAUUGUGGGUCAGAGUAAUGAGCGGGGCGAUGGAGGGAUCUACAUCGGCUCCAUCAUGAAGGGAGGAGCUGUGGCUGCUGAUGGACGCAUAGAGCCUGGGGACAUGCUGUUGCAGGUCAAUGACAUCAAUUUUGAGAACAUGAGCAACGACGAUGCAGUUCGAGUACUGAGGGACAUAGUGCACAAACCUGGUCCCAUUACUCUGACUGUGGCCAAGUGCUGGGACCCAAACCCUCGGAGCUGCUUUGCUCUGCCCAGAAGUGAGCCAAUCCGACCCAUUGACCCUGCUGCGUGGGUGUCCCAUACAGCAGCCAUGACAGGGGUGUAUCCCCCGUACGGCAUGAGCCCCUCCAUGAGCACUGUGACGUCCACCAGCUCCUCCAUCAGCAGUUCAAUCCCUGAGACUGAACGAUUCGAUGACUUCCAUCUCUCCAUCCACAGCGACAUGGCAACAGUUGCUAAGGCCAUGGCUUCCCCAGAGUCAGGUCUGGAGGUGCGGGACAGGAUGUGGCUUAAGAUAACCAUCGCUAAUGCCUUUAUUGGUUCUGAUGUGGUUGACUGGCUCUUCCAUCACGUUGAAGGGUUCUCAGAUCGCCGUGAAGCACGUAAAUAUGCUAGCAACCUGCUAAAGGCUGGCUAUAUCCGACACACUGUCAACAAGAUCACAUUCUCUGAACAGUGUUACUACAUCUUUGGAGAUCUCUGUGGCAACAUGACCCAUCUGUCUAUCCAUGAUCAUGAUGGUUCCAGUGGGGGUGCCUCAGACCAGGACACACUCCCCCCGCUGCCUCACCCCGGUGCGGCCCCCUGGCCUAUGGCCCUGCCCUACCAGUUCCCCAUUCCUCACCCUUAUGACCUGCCACAGCCUUUCCAUGGUGGACCAGGUGCUGGCAGUGCAGGGAGCCAACACAGUGGAAGCAGCGGUUCAAACUGCAGUAAGAACGAAGGUCGGAAAUCCGGCGGCAGCGGCAGCGAAAAUGACAUCAGGAGCCACCGAGCUCCAAGCGAGCGUUCAGUUGCGCCCCCUAGUGAGCGAAGCGUCCGUAGCUCUGUCAGCCACCGCAGUGCCAACUCCCACACUAUAGCCUAUGGGCCUGGCCUCGUGUACGGCCCCCCAGGCCUUCCCCCUCAGCCCCCACAUUUGUCUACAGCUGCCCCCGGUGCUCCACCAGGCCGAGAGAUCGCCUCUGUGCCUCCUGAGCUCACCGCCUCACGCCAGUCUCUGCGAAUGGCCGUUGGCAACGCUGGGGAGUUUUUUGUUGAUGUGAUGUGAUAAGGGGAUAAGACUAGUACAAAGCAGCAGAUUGGGCUUUCUCAUAUCAUGGUAGGGCUUAGACGGAUGGAGUGACAGGACAGGAGGGAGGGAGGAUGGCCAAAGCUGUAACCCAAGGCCUUGAUUCCUCUUCUGUAACGCAGAAUUGGAACCAAUCCUGCUGUAUUCCCCCUCUCUUGUGCUUUUCUUCCUAAUAGUAGUGGCCAUACUUUCUUCAGUGAAGAAACCCCCUCGCUCAAGAUGGAACCAAAGCGCCUUCCUCAGUUUCCGCUCCCUGCUGGGGAAGAGUUUGUGUAAGGACAAAGAGCAAGAGAGGGAGGAAGUUAGUGGAAACGGACAGCUGGGGAAGAUGACUCAGCGCUUUUUUACAUGGAUGUCUUUUUUUCAUUUCACUCUUCCCUCCUCUCUACUUUCCUUAUCUAACGUUCUCUGUCCUCCCCCACCCCUGUCCACGUCAAAAUCGAGAGAGAAAAGCCUCUUCCCUCCUUUUGUUCUUUCACGUCCCACUUGCUGACCUCUAACAAGAAAAAAAAAACACUCAAAGAAAGCCUAAGUGAACACUAACUCUUAACCUUAUUCAGACUUUUUAAAUGUUUGCUUGACUUAAGAGAGAAAGAAAUGGAAAAAUGUGUAUGUAGUGCAAGAGAAUCGCAGUCCUCCUUACUGUAAGAAAGCAUUUGUUUUAUUAUAUAAUAGCUGGUUCCAACUAGUUUCAUUUUUCAACGCUUAACAUGAGCAUCCAGCUUCAAGAGUCAUUUUUACACUACAUGAUUACAUUUUCAUCUGAUAACCAGAGCAUUUUCAGCCUCUGUCUUGUGAUACUGUAUAGUGGAAAAAAUUUCUUACCAUGACUUUCACACUACUCUUUUAUCAAGGAAAAAUGUCUUUUUAUUUAUAAAUAUAGUUUUAUGACUUAAA